GCUUUCACAAAAGCUGCAGGUGGCCAUGCGGGCGAUGAGGACCGCCUUGCUGGCGGCGAUCACCCAGGGCGUGGCGGCGCAGACGGCGGAGACCGAGGCUGUGCCUGUGCGCAGGGCCUCGUGGAGGUUUCUGCACUACAACCCGCUGUCGGCGCGAGAGACGGAGAGGUUGGACGACAUAGAGACCGCCUGCGAGGGCUACGACUUCGUCGGCCUGAUAG